UCAUCAUCAAUUGGGACACUAUUGCAACGAUUGAAUUGACCGUAUCGGAUCCAUCAUCAACUUAAUGCAUGACCGGAAUGAGUCAUCUCAUCGGCAAGAAGUUGAUCCGUCCAUUUAUGCACUCGCAGCUCAGGUGGCACGGGUUGUCAUCCUCGUACAGUAGCAUUAUUCAAUUGUCAGACGUUCCAACACGACUGCUCCUCGUCGGCUCAAAGCUGUAAAACCGCGUUAGGGGCGGAAUACAUGUGCGAAUACACCGCCUACUUGGACUGCAUCCCGUCGCGAUGUCGUCACCAGAUGAGAGCCUGGCCCCAAAGGCCUCAAGCGUAUCCCAACUCCCGCCCGGGGUAGCCGUAAAGCCCCAACCGGCACAAUCGAUCUGGAGAUCUGAACAGUUCGAAGCGCAAGUUAGCGGUGCCCUACCGCCGCGAUGGAUGGGCCCAUCUACUUCGGAAACAAUGGGUGACUACACAGCGCAAGCAUCUCAAGAGAUGCAACGGCAGGCUGCUCUAUCCUCGCAAUCAUCGGCAUGGGGUUUCGAGCAGUUUGGAGAACAGAUGGGCGGUUCCUGGCUGCCAAGGGUGGAUUCGAAUCGCUCCGCAGUGAGAACCAACACCCCAGCGAGAGACUUUCCGCAGUAUCCGGUGCAAUCGCUAUGGAGUUCCGAAACCUUUAGACAGGAAGCCAGCAGGUCUCAACCACCGUGGAUGGAUUUGUCUCAUCCCACAACGAGGGUGUCACCAAAUAUGCCAGUAGUAGCCCAAUCUACAAAAAGAGGAUGGGUAUGGAAUUCUGAAGAAUUUGACGGCCAACCAGGCGGGUACGAUGUGUGGAUAGACCCGCCUCUCCCCGGAAUGAUAACCAAGAAAUCUCGUCACAACCCAGCACCAGCGGCGAGCCAGACCCAACCGAUCUCAGGGGGAUCACGAUAUAUGCCGGUCGUAAGCCAAUCCACAUGGGGUCCAGAAAGUUUCAGAGAGCGUGUGAGUGGGCUCCAAGCGCCGUGGAUGGAUUCGUCUCGCUCUGGGAAGAUAGCCAACGCAGCACCGCCCAACUUGGCACCUUCGGUAAAUCAGACUAACCCAGUCUGGGAGGAAUACGAAAUCGACCCUCCAAAUGCACUGGGCGCAAAACGGUCCCGAGAGCAAAUCAGUGGAUCUCGAACAUCACGGGUGGCUUCUUCUCCGUCCGGAAUGAUGACCGGCCAAACACCGACCAGCUUACCACGACGAAAUCCUUUCAAUCUUGAGCGUGGUACCGAGAACCCUUCGACGUUGAGUUACAACUCAUUCACAGUAAAUACUGUUUCGCACCCAAAAGGUCCAGAACUCCUCCCGUACAACUACAGCGCCCUCGACAGACCAGUGGAAACCCGAGUCCUAGAACUAUUGCCUGGCGGACCAGAUGAUCCAAUGGAGGUGAGACUUCAGCGGACCUCAUUGAUAGCAAAGGGCGAAUACUCAGCCAUGUCGUAUGCUUGGGGAUCCAAGACACAAUCGAAAACCAUCACCUGCGGUGGGAAGUACAUCACAAUUCCAGCAAAUCUUCACAAUGCUCUGAGACGUCUGCGACAUGAAUCCGAGCCGCGCAAAUUAUGGGCGGAUGCUGCUUGUAUUAACCAAAGUGAUGAAGUUGAAAAGAGCCAGCAGGUUAGCUUGAUGCGAUUGAUCUUCAAACAUGCUGUCAAGGUUCUCAUAUGGCUCGGCCCAGACGAUACAGACUCGGCGAAGCCUGUUUUUGAGCUGAUCAAUCGGAUCUUCGAGAAGAACUUCCAAGCUGUACCCCCACCAGAUGAUCAUGUAUGGGGGAGAAUGUCCAUCCUCUUCAAUACGCAAUGGUUCUGGCGGUUGUGGUGUCUUCAAGAGGUUGCCCUUGCCCCGACUGCAGAUGUCAUGUGGGGUGCCGAAACCAUCCCCUGGGAGCGCCUCGGAUUUGCUGCUGCAUGGAUUCGUGCAGUACCGGCGCCCACGCUACGACUCGAGGCAAUGAGUGGUAUUUACAACGCUUGUCUCAUGUACUCGCUUUCCUAUGGUUCCGAAGAGCAAGAACCUGUGUCGUUUCUUCAGCUCCUGACCUUGUCCCGUCAAUUCAUCUCAUCUGAUGCAAGGGACAAGGUCUACGGCAUUCUUGGAAUUCCGACUACUGAUUCGAAUCCUGACUGUGGUGAACUCUUCCUACAACCUGAUUACACCAAGACGGUAUCAGAAACGUACUUGGAAUGCGCAACCAAGAUCAUCCAACAAUCAGGAUCUCUGAGGAUCCUGUCCUAUGUUCAGCACGCCGAGCAACCGUACACGGGGAAAUCUGCAGAAGGUACAGGGGAUACCACGCAAUCCUUGUCACUUGCAAGCCAGGAUCCUCACAACCAAAUGGUAUGUCGGCAAACAAUUGACGCAAACGACGGCCUUCCCAGCUGGGUUCCACGUUGGGGUCAAUACUUUGCUCGGACCCUCGCUCCCUCGGAGACUGCCUCGAAAACAUUUUCCGCAUGUGCUGGGCUUGCUAGGGUUAGCCCGCAGGUUGUAGGAACCAGUCUUAUAAUCAGCGGAAUUGAGUUUUCUUCCAUUCGGCAUUCAUCUGAGACCAUGGGAGAACAUGACAUGUGGGGGAAAUUGUUUCUGCGCGAGCACUUCUCUGCCUUUGCGAAGGGACAUUUGAACGGUCCUAAACUCUCGGAGCUCCUAUCUUUAACUUUGACAGCCGGCAAAGAUUGGUAUGGAAGUCUGACUCACGAACCGAACCAACAUGUGGCGGAUUUCUUGGCAUUUAUGAGCGGCGUUUUCAGAUUCAGCGACCAAGAUGCUGCUUUUUCAGAGUCUACUAAUCCACCAAGUGACCUGCAAGCUUGGUUGUUUUCUGCUAUAAAUAGAGCCUUUCCCGGUCUAGUUGGAGAUGCAAGUCAUUUUGAGGAAGCAGUGCGGACUGCAUGCAGUGCACGGAAGAUGUUCGUUACUGACAAUGGGUGUCUUGGACUUGGCCCACAAGCGAUGAGCGAUGGCGACAUCGUUUGUAUACUGAGUGGGUCGAUUGUACCCCUCGUGUUGCGACCAUCUCGAGACAAAUACCAGCUCGUUGGAGAGGUGUAUAUUCACGGAAUCAUGUUUGGAGAGGCCUGUACGACGGAGAAGCAUCUCACUCUGCGGAGUUUCAUUGUUACUUGAGUAAAGCAGCAGCCUAACGUCACGUAAGAUAUCCAACACAGCAGAUAAUGCUUG